AUGCACACUUGCAACCCUUGCAGGAUUACGUUUGACUCGUAUCCCGAAUUGGAUGAACAUCGUCGUACUAAUCAUCAAGAUGAGGUUCUUUUGAGAUUUAUUAGCCAAGGAGGCUGGACCACCAAGGUGAAGCGUCAACGAGAUACAUGUUUUCAUUGUCCAUGUGGCGUGUUUCGUCAUAGAGAUUCCAAAGAGACUCGUCGACAUGCCAAAAACUGCAAGUUGGCAUCCAUGCCUGAAACUCGAGUGAUGAGAACUACACGUCGUACCCUGCGAUCAAGCCGACAAAGGCGUCCUCCACAGCGUCAACCAUCUCCUUCCUCGUCAUCAUCAUCAUCGUCGUCGCCUAGCAGCAGUAGUCGUAGUGAUGGUGGUGAUCAUAGCAACAACAAUGAACAACAAGGAGGAGACCAAGAUAAUCAUCCCAAUGCCCGCAUGGAAGCUUUAGCAAGUGCAGCUGGUGCAGUACGUUCAUCAUCAUCAGAGGAAUCCUCCACUACCACCCAUGGCAUGUUGACAAGAGGACGAGCAAGAGCUACCACCCCCACCACCACCACUGAUCUCUUUCAGCAAGUGACUUCCUUGGUUGCAGCAGAUACACGAUCCCCUAUUCAUCUUUUGCAAUCGAAUCAGCAUCAUCAUCGGGAACCUCGUCUCUUCUCUUCUCAACGUGGUGCUCUGAGAUUUUCGUUUGACGUGUUGCAUGGACACCAUGUGAAUCGCCGUAUUGUCUCCAUUCAUAUUGCCUUGCAUUCAUCCAUGAUUGAUGUGCUCACCAUGGCUCGCAUCAUUACUCGUGUUUGUGAUUCUGUUCCUGGUGGUGGUGCACCCACUUCCAUCCGCAUUUGGCGUCCAUCCUCCUUUUCCUCCUAA